AUGCUCCUCUCUCCUCUGCUCCACUCUCCUCUGCUCCACUCUCCUCUGCUCCUCUCUCCUCUGCUCCACUCUCCUCUGCUCCACUCUCCUCUGCUCCACUCUCCUCUGCUCCUCUGCUCCUCUCUCCUCUGCUCCUCUCUCCUCUGCUCCUCUCUACUCUGCUCCUCUCUACUCUGCUCCUCUCUCCUCUGCUCCCUCUCUGCUCCUCUCUCCUCUGCUCCACUCUCCUCUGCUCCUCUCUCCUCUGCUCCACUCUCCUCUGCUCCACUCUCUCCUCUGCUCCACUCUACUCUGCUCCUCUCUCCUCUGCUCCACUCUACUCUGCUCCUCUCUCCUCUGCUCCACUCUCCUCUUCUCCUCUCUCCUCUUCUCCUCGCUCCUCUGCUCCUCUCUCCUCUGCUCCUCUCUCUCCUCUGCUCCUCUCACCUCCUCUGCUCCUCUCUCCUCUUCUCCUCUCUCCUCUGCUCCUCUCUCCUCUGCUCCACUCUCCUCUUCUCCUCUCUCCUCUUCUCCUCGCUCCUCUGCUCCUCUCUCCUCUGCUCCUCUCUCUCCUCUGCUCCUCCUCUCUCUUCUCUCUCUCCUCUCUCCUCGCUCUUGCUCUCUCUCCUCUGCUCCUCUCUCUCCUCUGCUCCUCUCACUCCUCUGCUCUCUCUCCUCUCUCCUCUCUCCUCUGCUCCUCUCUCCUCUGCUCCACUCUCCUCUCCCUCCUCUCUGCUCCCUCCUCCUCUCUCUCCUCUGCUCCUCUCUCUCCUCUGCUCCUCUCCUCCUCUGCUCCUCUCUCCUCUUCUCCUCUCUCCUCUGCUCUCUCUCCUCUGCUCUCUCCUCUGCUCCUCUCUCCUCUGCUCCCUCUCCUCUGCUCCUCUCUCCUCUGCUCCACUCUCCUCUGCUCCUCUCUCCUCUGCUCCUCUCACCUCCUCUGCUCCACUCUACUCUGCUCCACUCUACUCUGCUCCUCUCACCUUCUCUGCUUCUCUGUUACCUCCUCUUCUCUCCUUCUCUCACCUCCUCCUCCUCUGCUCCUCAGAUCCUCCGGGAGGCGUCUCCUCCGAUCCCCACGCUGCAGAAGAAGCUGCUCAGCCCUCAUCCUCCCACUGUGGAGAGCUCCAUCUGCCCUAUACGUCUCCUCCUGUUCCUGCGCGAAGGAACCAGCUCCGAGCUGCAGAAGAGCGAGACGUGUUCAGCGAACUCUCUGCUCUGAGGCGACACCUGAGAACACAACAGAGGCGUCUGCAGCACGAGAGAGACCUGGACCUGCUCUCUCCCAUGAGUGACAGGGAGGGAGAGCGCCCCCUGGUGGAUGUGUUUGACAGAGCUCGUCUCCGGCUCCAGGCUGUGGUCCACAGAGGAUCCAGCAGAGAACCCAAGAACCUGCGACAGAUCCACCACUCACUGCAGCUGCAAGACCACGAUCAGUCCAGACCGAGUUCUGACGUCACAAACAGCGACAUCUGGAGGAAUCAGAGUCAGCGCUCCUCAGCUCAGGACGCCCCUAACGUCUCCUCUCUCACAGACUACCUGGACCUCCCUCCCACUGGUCACAGCCGUUACCUGAGGAGCGCUCUGGGAGGAGGAUCGAGGAGGUGCUCUUUGCUGGAGUCUGAGGGAGCUUUCAGGGAUCCUCUCAGUGACGCCACUCCAGAGCUGAGGGAUCCUCCUCUGUCAGCAAGAGAGAGGAGGAGGAGGAGCAGAGCACAGACUGGAGCCUCCUCGACUCGUGAGGAGGCGCAGAGCGGCAGCAGCUUAAGUGGAAAGAACAAGGCAGCUGUGGGUUCAGACGAAGACUCCGACCCUCCUCCUCCUCAGAGAAACCGAUGGAGACGACCGACCCUCCCCUCUCAGCCAAUCAGAAGAGAGCACCUGGCCUUAUGA